AUUGGAAAAUUAUAGAUUUGGCUGGUUACAAAUCAACAAUCCCAAUUGUCCAAAUCAGCAGCUGAGAGCAAGAGAAAAUGGCGACCAUCUUCAACAACAUAAGCUAUCAUCACAGCAUUAUCCAUUGCGCUUGUAAUAACAACAACACUAAUCGCAUCAAUCUUUGCCCUAAUUUAGGAUCCCCUCCCUUCAAGAAACCACUGAUUUUAUUCCCCAGGAAAAAUCUUCUCAACUAUUCUGGAAUCAGUCGAACUGUAUCAGCAAUUUCAUCUGGUGUGAGAGAAGAAGCCCUUCCACCUGCUCUUGAUUCCUCUUCAGACCCACCGCCAAUCUUCGAUGGAACCCCCAAGCUGUAUAUAUCUUACUCUUGCCCGUUUGCUCAACGUGCGUGGAUUACCAGAAACUGUAAGGGACUUCAAGACACUAUAAAAUUGGUACCUAUCAAUCUUAAGAACAGACCGUCUUGGUACAAGGAAAAAGUGUACCCUCCAAACAAGGUUCCGUCGCUAGAGCAUAACAAUGAAGUUAAAGGGGAGAGUCUCGAUUUGAUUCGAUACAUCGACGCUAACUUUGAAGGGCCUUCGCUUUUUCCCGAUGAUCCCACCAAGAUAGAGUUUGCUGAGGAGUUGCUGUCGUUUACGAGUUCCUUCUCUAAAGCCGUAACUAAUUCUUUGAAGGAGAACAGCACUAACGAAGCUGGUGCUGCUUUUGACGAAAUUGAGAUUUUUCUCUCCAAAUUCGACGACGGACCCUUUUUUCUUGGUCAGUUCAGCUUAGUGGACAUAGCGUACGCUCCUUUCGUUGAAAGAUACCAGCCCUUCUUCUUCGAAGUGAUGAGUUACGACAUCACAAGCUGCAGGCCGAAACUUGCUGUGUGGAUUGAGGAGAUGAAUAAGAUCGAAGCAUAUAAACAAACUCAACGAGACCCAAAGGAGCACGUCGAGACCUACAGGAAGCGUUUGGUAUCAUUGAAAAGUUGAAUCAUGUUAUUAAGGUCUUGUCCACUUGCAUUAGUUGGAUUAAUUUGAUUUCCGGAUUGGAUCGAUUAGUUAGUAAGAUGUUCGGUUUGCUCGUAUUUAAAUAUGGGAUUUUUUGUUCUUUUUUUUCCGGCAAGAUUGUUCGUCAACGAGCUUCAUUUUGCUAAUCUAUACUACUUAGUCAAUUCGAUGGUAUAGUAUACAUCGAACAAGGCCUAA